GAAAUCUCGCGAGAGUCACUCCACUUCUCGCACAAGAAGGUCAGCUGACCGACAGCCUGUCACUUACAGCCACAGUCUCCUCAUCGUCUCUGUGUUAGCCCCGGCACCGCGAGGGAACCGUUCGACGCUGUAACCCCCACCCCCCCGAAACACUCCCAAAGAUGGCUGACACAAACCAACAAAGCCCUCCACCUCAGUUGGGGCCUGUGCAAUUUUUAAUGAGCAACAAGCUGGAAACUGCAAUGUGGCUGUCUCGGCUCUUUACUGUCUACUGCUCCGUAAUGUUUAUUCUACCCAUUUUGGGACCCUAUGCUGCAGCAAACUUCUACCAGAGAGCCUUGUUAGCGAACGCCCUCACCAGUGCUCUCCGCUUGCACCAAAGGCUUCCACGCUUCCAGCUGAGCCGAGCGUUCCUGGCCCAGGCUCUUCAGGAGGACAGCUGCCAUUACCUGCUCUACUCGCUCAUCCUUGUCAACUCCUACCCCAUCACGAUGAGCAUUUUCCCUGUCUUCCUCUUCUCCUUGCUUCAUGCAACCACCUACACAAAGAAAGUCCUUGAUUCCGUGGGCCCCAACAGCCUGAUGUUCAUCAGAAACCUCCUGGACAAACUAACGUCCAACCAGCAGAACAUUCUGAAGUUCAUCGCUUGCAAUGAGAUCUUUUUGAUGCCAGCCACUGCUUUUAUGCUUUUCAGUGGCCAGGGAAGUUUGCUGCUGCCUUUCAUUUACUACCGAUUCCUCACCCUCCGCUACACAUCCAGAAGAAACCCGUACUGCCGCACCUUGUUCACAGAGCUGCGAAUUCUCCUGGAGCACUUCAUCAUGAAGCCAGCCUGUCCCACCUUCUUCAGGAGGAUGUGCCUCAGCAGCAUCGCCUUCAUCAGCCGCCUCGCCCCCACGGGCGUCUGAUCACGCUUAACGCGAGAAAAAGUUGUUUUUCUUCACAUUAUUUUUUUUCUCUCCACCAGUUUAGGACGUGACUUAAACUUUUGAUGGGGACAGACGAACGCCAUCAGCAGAAGGAACUGUUUUUUCUGAAUGUCAGCUUUUACAGUCUGUGCUCCAACCUCGCAUAUUUGAGUACAGUUGGAAGAGCAGCCAGUUAAUGCACUGAAGUCUCACGGUGACAUUUCCUUUUCCCCCAUCCUCCUAAUGUGACCUCACUCGAGCAGCGGACGCCCCCCCCCCUCACCCUUCACCCUGUUGCGUUCGCUGAUAGGAGCACGGUAAACAUCAGCCCUGUUCUUUUUAUCGGCUGUUGUUGUUCUUUCCUAUUAUAUCCUUUAUUUAUUCAUGUAAAUCGCUUAUUCUGUGAAGAAUUUAACAUUCUGAGAUUAAUAACUUAAAUGAAAAUGUUCUUUUACGUAGUUAAAAAUCAUUCUUUUUUUCUUUUCUUAAAAUGACCAUGUGCUUGGAUGGAUGGUGGAUGAGAUUUGUUUGCAGGAUCUAUCUGUUCUAAAAAAAAAAUUCAUCUGACGCUCUAAUUUGUCUAAAUGCCUAACUUUAAAUGUUUUCUAUCAAUGCCAUCAACCUUUAUUUUAACAACAUGCAAGAACUUACGUUUGUAUGAUGUCCGAACGAGUGUUGAAUUGAGAAACAAGAUAUCUUCUGUAUUUUAUAGGAUAUUUUAAGGUACCAGAUACUUUUGUGUUUGAAAUGAAUUGCACAGUGCAAGUCAUGCUCAUGACGAUGCAUUCUGACCUCGUUUCUCAGUUUGAAACUGUUUUUAAAUUUCUCUGUUCAUUUAUUUGUUGCUAUUGUAGAAUUCUUGCUCCAUGUACUAUGAUUUUCUUUUCUUUCUGUCAUCUUUAAUGAUUAUUUGCCUACAAACAAACCACAUUUUUAUCACAAGAAUAAACUGAUCUCUUAAUUAACCAAUAAAAUAUUAAAAUAUA